UGAAAAUAAUGACAAUAAUUAAGUGAAAACACUAAUGUCAACGAAACCGUGCACAGACAACCUUGUGUACGACAUCAUCAACAAAAGAGCAACCGCAACUCUAUGUUGUGAUCAUGUGAUGUUGCACGUGACUAGUAAACGACCUUGACCUUCAAAUGAAAACUGAACCAACGAACGUGUCGUCGGUUCGUUGAUAGAGCGUUGACUGGCGCCCCCCGGCGGGGAGAGAAAGAUCGACGAGGCAGCAAGCUGGGUGUGGUGGAUGGGAAGGUGUGCCUGCAGAUUCUAAGACGUGCAUCCUGAUUUAAUUUCAAUCUGAUUAUUAUAUUUUGCAAAUUGCUGAUGAGGAUGGGCGUGUCAAUUGGACCCCUUUCGUUGGUGUUGCAGUUCAUCCUUCUGUCCGUUGUUUCUGCUCAGUCAGAGUAUGACCUCCGUCUAGUUGACGGAUCAACAAAUGAUGAAGGACGCAUUGAAAUAUUCUACCAGGGGAGUUGGGGGACCAUUUGCAAAACCCGAUUUAAAAUUGAAGAAGGCCAAGUAGCCUGUCGCCAGUUGGGGUACCUGAAUGCAGAGAAGCUUGAAAACUUCCGAGGUGGAUCAGGACAGAUCGUAAUGAAGAAUGUCAACUGCAACGGGAACGAGAACAAACUCUUUGAUUGUUACCGAGAACUCACUGGAAGAUACUGUGACCAUGACGACGAUGUAGGAGUUGUCUGCUCAAAUGUGCAAACUACCGAAGCCCCGAUUAGUAUCGACCCUGAUUUCUUGUAUGUCCUGGAUGUUGGAAAGCUGCGACUAGUUGGCGGUCCCAAUCCCUACGAGGGUCGAGUAGAGGUUAACCUAUUAGACAUCAAAGGUUGGGCAACAAUAUGCAGUGAGUUUUGGGACUUCAAUAAGGCUGAGCUAGCUUGUAAGCAUCUUGGUUAUCGCCCCGCUACAUCGACCGGGAUAUCACGCUAUGGAGCAGGAACUGGUCCAAUGGCUAAAUGCCCAGUGUCACGCUCUAAACUGCAAACAUUCAGUUGUGAGAUCAUCAAUGCAACAGAUCCGUCUAGUACCUGCACUCAUAAUACAGAUGUAGACAUAGUCUGCAGCGGAACUGAAGAAGGUGAGCAGAAUGCCGUUCGUCUCGUCAUGGGGUCAGUGGAAACUGAAGGACGUGUGGAGUAUUAUGAUCAAAAUGCUUGGAAGGGGUUGUGCUCAGACGACUGGGGGAUAGAAGAAGCACAGGCAACUUGUCGACAGCUAGGCCUACCAGAACCCUCAUCAAAUACCGUACCACUAGGAGGGAUCUAUGGUGGGAACGAAGUGAUCCUACAGAAUAGUUACACAUGCACUGGUCAAGAGCGAACUCUCAUGAAUUGUACCUGGACUUCAAGACUUACAGUCUGUACUAUGGGUGAUGCUAGUGUUCAAUGUGGUACCAGACCGCCAGCUCAAGAGUUUGACCUACGUUUGGUGGAUGGAAAUACCCUCACAGAUGGUCGUGUGCAGAUUCUGUACCAAGGGGAGUGGGGUACAAUUUGUUCCAUGCUCUUCUAUAUAGGGGAGGCCACUGCAGUUUGUAACAUGCUGGGAUUUCAGUUUGCUAGUAGUUCACGAUCGUACAGAAGAGGAAAUGGUACGGUUGUUGUGGAGUAUUUAAACUGCAAUGGGAAUGAAGAGAGCAUGCUAGAUUGUUAUCAUGUCGUGGGUACUGGAAAGUGUAGCAGUGAAGACGAUGCCGGUGUGGUCUGUUCGAAUCUCCCACAAGUAAAUAUUCGAUCAUCAUAUGGCCCUUUUGCUGAUGACUUGCGACUUGUGGGCGGUCCAAACCCCUAUGAAGGUCGAGUGGAAAUCUAUAAAUCAGACGUCAUCGGUUGGGCCAGCAUCUGUGAGGAAAAUUGGGACUUCCAGGAGGCAGAAGUAGUCUGCCAAACUCUGGACUAUCGUCCUGCUACCUCUAUAAGUACAAUGAGGUAUGGUCUAAGUAGCGGUCCAAUUGUCAAAUGCCUGGAUGAAGACUUCAGAGUGGAAUCAAGCCAGUGCCAAGUGAUUAGCGAUGCUGAUUCAUCACCUCUUUGUAGUCGUGAUACGGUGGUAGACGUUGUCUGUAGUGGAACAGAACGAGGUUAUCAAGGGAAGAUUCGACUGUUAAAUGGUACAGAACCAACAGAAGGGCGGAUAGAAGUCUUCCAUGACAAUAUAUGGUGGAGAGUUUGUGCUGACAACUGGAGUUUAGAGAAAGCUAAGACAGGUUGCUACCAGCUUGGCAUGCCGACUCCAACAGAACUGUUAAAGGGAGGGGUGUUUGGGGUUAACAAUGAAAGGGCAUUCUUACCAAAGAAGCUUAAUUGCUCAGGAGAGGAGAGAAAACUCGUUGAUUGUCUGUCGACAGAACCAAAUGACACACCGUGUGAAACUGGCGAUGCUGGAUUACAAUGUGGUAUAUGGAAAGAUGCUAAAGAAGGGGACGUGAGGUUAAUCGGUACCCGAGUAGCCAGUAUUGGACGCAUUGAGAUUUACAAUGGCACACAGUGGGAAAUUCUUUGCAGUGAGAGUUGGAACAACCAAAAAGAGCACGUUACAUGUCGUCAGAUGGGCUAUCUGACAGGCAACUCUGAAUAUAUAGUAGAACGCUUUAGCCGUACGAGAACAUCUUCCUACUGGGAAGAUAACCGAAGAUGUUCUGGAACUGAGAACAGCCUCUUAGAGUGUGGAGUCUCUGAUGCACCAGUCAGAUAUUGUAGCUAUACCAAUGAUGUGCGUUCUGGAUGCGACACCAGGCCACGGGUAGACUCCCUACAGGUGCGCUUAACCAACGGGCCACACCCUAACCAGGGCAUUGUGGAGGUAGAGUAUAACGGACAAUGGGGUACAAUCUGUGAUGAAGGCUGGGAUGACAUCGAUGCUCAGGUAAUCUGCCGACAGCUUGGAUUCGGGGAUGUCUUUCUUACCCUAGAUCGUUAUGACACUAAAGAAUUAUAUGAAUCCAGCGAGGGAGUGGUCCUAUUCUACAACGUCGGUUGUCAUGGAUCAGAGAAGAACCUGAGUGACUGUUACUAUGGAGUGCCUAGGUACAGUCGGUGUUUCAACGAUGAUGCUGUCAGCGUAAUCUGUGAAUCUGAAGAAUACCCGAGCAUCGAUCCAAGGAUAAGAAUUGUACCUCCAGAGGAUGAAGGAUUGGAGAGCUACCAGAUUCGUAACAUCAUAAUGGGAGUUCUCUUUGGGAUCUCAGUGAUUUGUUCUUUAUGCUGGUUAUGUUUGAAAUGGCUCGCUAAGCGUGAAACUAGCACCCCUGUAAGCGGUGCUUCAGGUGGGACUAACCAAUACCAAUCGGUAAAGGUGAGUGAGGACCUGCCACCCAAGCAUGAUGAGGAAAAUCUGCCUGUAGAGUCCUCACAAACAGCGGUGUAGUCUCUGCCGACAGCUGGGAUGUGCAUUGUCUAUAGAGGGCGCCGUUUGUGCUGUUGAUGAUAAGCAGCUGAUUUUACUUUAAUGCAAAAUACCCGGUGAGUAAAGAUUUAUUUCCGAAGAAGUGGUUUGCCACUUUCCAGAGUUUAAGCAGCAACAAAAAAUCUCUCAGAAAUUUGUUUUGAGAGGUUGAUGUUUAUGCUGCUCAGAAUCAAAGGGCACAUCAGAAAAAAGGGUUAUUAUUAUUAUCAGAAAGUGUUUUUCAUAUCACAUGCACUGACGUCAGGGUUUGAAACAGCGGUGGUUGAUGGAGUGAAACUGAAGUCCUCUGAGUGAGGCAAACUUUCCUCAUAUGUUCCCAUAAACAAGGGUCUUAGUGCAAAAUCUAAAAGCAAUAAUAUUUUCAAGUUUAUAAAAUGGUUUGACAAGUCUGUUUAUGCGAGUGAUCACUACAAAUAAAUACACAAAAAGCCCAUGCAUGUACGUGUAUAUCAUGACUGUGCAGUGCACAUACAAUUACCAUAAAGGGUUUAGUUCCAUGCACAUCACACAUUGCAUCAUGUAUGCAACUUGUAUAGAUUCUAUGUGUAUUGGCACAGAAACAAAUGUGACAGUUCUCAUUUGUCACCUACUUUUGAAUGAGUCCAAUCUGGGUUGUUUUGGGAGUUUUUCUUUUUGGAAAGUAUAACUUGAUAUAUUUUGUUUGUGGACUGCCAUAGACAUUGAUAGAAGACAUUAUAACUUGAUAUAUUUUGUUUGUGGACUGCCAUAGACAUUGAUAGAAGACAUUAUAACUUGAUAUAUUUUGUUUGUGGACUGCCAUAGACAUUGAUAUAAGACAUUAUAACUUGAUAUAUUUUGUUUGUGGACUGCCAUAGACAUUGAUAGAAGACAUUAUAACUUGAUAUAUUUUGUUUGUGGACUGCCAUAGACAUUGAUAGAAGACAUUAUAACUUGAUAUAUUUUGUUUGUGGACUGCAGUAGACAUUGAUAGAAGACAUUAUAACUUGAUAUAUUUUGUUUGUGGACUGCCAUAGACAUUGAUAGAAGACAUUAUAACUUGAUAUAUUUUGUUUGUGGACUGCCAUAGACAUUGAUAUAAGACAUUAUAACUUGAUAUAUUUUGUUUGUGGACUGCCAUAGACAUUGAUAGAAGACAUUAUAACUUGAUAUAUUUUGUUUGUGGACUGCCAUAGACAUUGAUAGAAGACAUUAUAACUUGAUAUAUUUUGUUUGUGGACUGCCAUAGACAUUGAUAGAAGACAUUAUAACUUGAUAUAUUUUGUUUGUGGACUGCAGUAGACAUUGAUAGAAGACAUUAUAACUUGAUAUAUUUUGUUUGUGGACUGCCAUAGACAUUGAUAUAAGACAUUAUAACUUGAUAUAUUUUGUUUGUGGACUGCCAUAGACAUUGAUAGAAGACAUUAUAACUUGAUAUAUUUUGUUUGUGGACUGCCAUAGACAUUGAUAGAAGACAUUAUAACUUGAUAUAUUUUGUUUGUGGACUGCCAUAGACAUUGAUAUAAGACAUUAUAACUUGAUAUAUUUUGUUUGUGGACUGCCAUAGACAUUGAUAGAAGAUAUUUGGAUUGAAUCAUAUAAACUGAAUCAUGUAUUGUGUAAUUCCUAGGUUACCUGUGACAUAUUUGUAUUAUUAUUAUUAUUAUUUAUUCGGCCAAGAUUUCAACAAACAGAACGAGAUACAAUAUUACCGUA